AUGGCGCAAACGACCCAAGAGGAAAUCGUUUCAAACACGAAAACGAUAUUGCAAGGCCUCGAAGGUCUACGUGUGGAACACCUCACGCUCAUAUCAAAUCUCACUGAUGGCAACAAAAAAGAUCCAGACAAAUCCGAAAUGGUUUUGCGCAAUAUGGAGAAUAUUGAGCUCGGGCUUGAAGAAGCACAAGUUAUAGUCGUAUUGGCAUCCUACUUGCAAAACAUUGAAGCAGAAAAAGAAAAACUUCAUACUCAAGUCAGACGAUUGUGUCAGGAGAAUGCUUGGUUGCGCGGUGAACUCGAAAACACUCAGCAAAAACUGCAAGUAUCGGAACAAACCGUGGCACAAUUGGAAGUGGAGAAAAAUCAUUUUGAAUUUAUGGCAUCUAUAAAGAAAUAUGAUGAACAAGAUGACGAAGAAAGUUUCGAAAAACCUCGUACGGACCCUGUACUGGAACUAUUUCCAGAGGAUGACGCAGACGAACGGCAUAAUAUGUCUCCAACUCCUCCAAACCAAUUUACUGCCCAUGUGCAUGCUGGCCAUGAAAUUCCUGCCCGGUUACGAACCUUGCAUGAUUUAAUUAUACAGUAUGCUUCGCAAAGACAAUAUGAAAUAGCGAUUCCGCUCUGUAAACAGGCUUUAAAAGAUCUAGAAAAAAAUAAUGGACAUUGUCAUCCGGAUGUCGCUACAAUGCUGAACAUUUUGGCGUUAGUAUACAGUGCCCAGAAUAAAUAUAAAGAAGCAGCAAACCUGUAUAAUGAUGCGUUAGCGAUACGAGAAAAAACAUUGGGCGAGAAUCAUCCAGCCGUGGCAGCAACUCUUAAUAACCUUGCCGUGCUGUAUGGCAAAUGUGGUAAAUACAAAGAUGCUGAGCCACUGUGCAAGAGAGCUCUUGAAAUCCGAGAAAAUGUAUUAGGAAAAAAUCAUCCGGACGUUGCAAAACAACUUAACAAUUUGGCAUUGCUUUGCCAAAAUCAAAAAAAAUAUGCAGAGGUAGAAUUGUACUACAAGCGGGCUUUGGAAAUAUACGAAACGAUAAUUGGUUCAGAUGAUCCGAAUGUUGGCAAAAUUAAGAAUAAUUUGGCAAGCUGUUACUCUAAACAGGGAAAAUACAAGGAAGCUGAAAUUUUGUACAAACAAGUAUUGACGCGGGCACACGAGAGAAAAUUUCGUGCCUAUAACGGCGAAAAUAAACCAACUUGCCAAAUGGUGGAAGAGUGGGAAGAAAAUAAAUCGAAAAGCCGUGAGAAUACACCCUACAGUGAAUACGGUGGUUGGCAUAAGGCUACCAAGGUAGAUUCUUCAACCGUUACUGCAACGUUGAAGAAUUUGGGAGCCUUAUAUAGAAGACUACCCCGAUAA